AUGGAAGACUACGCAGAUAAGUACACAAAAGAUGGGACAACAGAUCUCCAUGGUCAGCCGUCCCUGAAAAAAGACACUGGGAAUUGGAGGGCUUGUCCUUAUAUUCUUGCAAAUGAAUGCUGUGAGAGGCUGGCAUACUAUGGAAUGAGUACCAACCUAGUAAACUACAUGAAAGAUCGGCUCAACCAAGGGAAUGCUAGUGCUGCAAACAAUGUCUCUAACUGGUCAGGUACAUGCUAUAUUACGCCUCUUCUCGGGGCAUUUAUAGCUGAUGCCUACCUGGGAAGAUAUUGGACAAUUUCCAGCUUCAUGAUCGUUUAUAUAUUGGGUUUGGUGCUACUGACGAUGACAGCAUCAGUCAAAGGUCUGGCAGCUGAUUGCAGUAGUGGUGUCUGUGAUCCAACGAAAGCACAAACUGCAGCAGUCUUUGUAGCACUUUAUCUCAUUGCCCUGGGGACGGGAGGGAUCAAACCGUGCGUGUCUUCCUUCGGCGCUGACCAGUUUGACGAAUCUGAUGAAUCAGAGAGGAAGAAGAAGAGCUCAUUCUUCAACUGGUUCUACUUCACCAUUAACAUAGGAGCACUGAUUGCUUCUUCGGUACUGGUUUGGAUUCAGAUGAAUGUGGGAUGGGGGUGGGGUUUUGGAAUCCCAGCAGUGGCAAUGGCCAUUGCAGUUGUAAGCUUCUUCUUGGGCACAAGAUUGUAUAGGCACCAGAAACCUGGAGGAAGCCCUCUUACACGCAUUGCUCAGAUUGUUGUUGCAUCUGCGAGGAAGGCCAGUGUGAAGGUACCUGAUGACAAGUCACUUUUAUAUGAAAUUACAGACAAAGACUCAGUCAUUCAAGGUAGCCGCAAGCUUAAGCACACAGCUCAAUUAACGUUCUUCGACAAGGCUACAGUGGAGACUGAAGAAGACAGGAACAAUGGUUCAGUGAAUCCAUGGAGGCUUUGCACGGUCACCCAAGUGGAGGAGCUAAAGAGUGUUUUGCGGCUUCUUCCUAUAUGGGCAAGCGGCAUUAUAUUCGCAACUGUCUAUGGCCAGAUGAGCACCAUGUUCGUGCUACAAGGCAACACUCUGGAUCCCCAUAUGGGUCCCCACUUCAAGAUACCAUCAGCUUCCCUCUCUAUCUUCGACACCAUCAGUGUAAUUGUGUGGGUUCCGGUCUACGAUUUCAUCAUCAUACCAAUUGCGCGGAAAUUCACUGGUCGAGAGCGUGGCUUCACCCAGCUGACACGCAUGGGCAUUGGCCUCUUCAUCUCCAUCUUCUCCAUGUUGGCCGCUGGCGUUCUAGAGGUUUUCAGGCUGCGAACUGUGGCAAAACACAACUUAUAUGACGACCAAGAUAGCUAUGUUCCCAUGUCUAUUUUCUGUCAGGUGCCUCAGUACUUGGUCAUAGGGGCGGCCGAAGUGUUCACCUUCAUUGGGCAGCUGGAGUUCUUCUAUGAUCAAGCACCUGAUGCGAUGAGGAGCAUGUGCUCAGCCCUGUCUCUUACCACCGUGGCUCUUGGCAACUACCUGAGCACCUUGCUCGUUGAUAUUGUCACAUCCAUUACCGCAAAGAAUGGAAAACUUGGAUGGAUUCCUGACAAUCUUAAUCGCGGCCACCUGGACUACUUCUUCUGGCUCUUGGCAAUUCUCAGUGUUCUGAACUUCCUUGUGUAUCUAGUGAUCGCAAAGUUCUAUACCUACAAGAACACAAUAGAGGAUGAGAAUUCGACAGGUGAUGCUACUGGGGCAUGAUGUGAAGUCUAUAUGCAUGGUAGAUUAGGAAGCCUUGCACCUCUGCUUUGUGCUUCUUUUCGGUUUGAAAAACUUCACAAAUAA